GUAGACAGUGGGAUCUCGAUGGGUGUCUGACUAUCGUUUCUCUGCCUUGCUUGUUUGAGCUUCAGCAGAAUUCGAAAUGGCUGGUGGUAAGGCUGAGAAAGACUCCGGAAAGGCCAAGACAAAGGCGGUUUCCUGCUCGCAGAGAGACAGUUUCCGGCGGGCUGUCCAUCCACACCUGAAAUUCAGGACUACCAGUCAUGGACGUGUGGGCGCGGCUGCUGCUGUGUACAGUGCAGCCACUCUGGAGUACCUCACUGCAGAGGUACUUGAAUCAGCAGGAAAUGCAUCAAAAGACUUAAAGGUAAAGUGUACUAUUCUUCGUCAUUUGCAACUUGCUAUUCCCGGAGAUGAAGAAUUGGACUCUCUCUUCAAUGCUACAGUUGCUGGUGGUGGUGUCAUUCCACAUAUCCACAAAUCUCUGAUUGGAAAUAAAGGACAACAGCAGACUGUCUAAAGGAUGCUGGAUUUCUUAUUAUCUCAGGACUCUAAAUACUCUAACAGCUGUCUAGUGUUGGUGAUUCCAGUGGAAUGUAUCUCUGUGAAAAACACAAUUUGCCUUUUUAUAAUUCUGUUUGAGCAAGUUGGAAGUUUAAUUAGCAUUCCAAUCAACCAAAUUUCUGCAUUCAAGUCUUAACCAUAUUUAAAUGUUACUGUGGCUUCAAAGAAGCUAUUGAUUCUGAAGUAGUGGGUUUUGAUUGAACUGUUUUUUAAAAAACUGUUUGGAUUUUAAUUGUGAUGCAGAAGUGAUAGUAACAAACAUUUGGUUUUGUACAGAUAUUAUUUCCACUCUGGUGGAUAAGCUCAAUAAAGGUCAUAUC